CCUGAUACGAGAAACAAUUAGAAUCAUUAGAGUUACGUUUGCCUCUGACAAGCUAAAAUGUAUUUCACUGUUUUUAACGUAAAUCUGUUUUUAAUUCAAUUUCUUUAUGGAUUAGUGAUCUUAUUCUUGGUCAAUUAUGUCAUCAAAUUUGUUAUAAAAGUCUGUAAACUGCCUUCUGGACCAUGGGGAUUACCAUUUGUUGGAUACUUACCUUUCAUUAGACAAGAUGCGUACAAUCACAUGACCGAGUUGGCUGAAAAAUAUGGACCAGUUUUCAGUCUAAAGUGUGGUCAGUUUGACGUUGUUGUCAUCAAUCAAUGGAAGUUCAUUAAAGAAGCUUUGGCAAAUGAACACUUGCUUGGUCGACCUAAAGAGAUUUCAUUACCAGGCAUAAUUGAACAAAGCUCAUUUGCCGAAAUGUCAGGUGAACGUUGGAAGGAACAGAGAAGAAUAGCUUUAACUACACUUCGAGAUGUUGGUUUAGGAAAAAGUGCAAUGGAAGAUUCGAUUAGAGACGAAAUUAAAUCAUUCACUGAAGUAAUAAAAUCUUUCGAAGGCGAAUCAAUAUCAAUAUCUGAUAAACUAUCCUUGAGUGUAUCAAACCAUAUAUCAACACUCCUAUUUGGGCGAAAAUAUGCUCAUGAUGAGCCUCUUUCACAGGUUAUGGCAAAGCUGCUCGCCCAAUCAGAUAUGAUGAAAUAUUUUAAUGUUGUCACAUUUAUGCCGGCCAUUGCGAGGUUUGUAAUCAAAUUAAACCUUAUCGAUAUGGCAGAAACUUUUUCAAUCUUCAAAAAGUUGGAAUCUCAUAUUGGUGAUGAGGUUAAUGAACACCGAAAGAAAAAUGCUGAUUGUAAUGAGAUGAAAGACUACAUUGAUGGGUUCCUCGGUGAAAUGUCCAAAAGACAAAACGAAAAGAAUUCAACUUUCAAUUUAAAAACUUUACAACGAAAUGCAAUUUUGUUUUACGGCGCUGGAUCGGACACGAUAUCAAGUACAUUUAAAUGGAUCAUGUUAUAUCUAGUCAAGCAUCCUGAAUACCAGAAAAGGAUACGCGAUGAAAUCAAACAGACUAUUGGAUUAAAUAGACAACCUGAAAAUGUGGAUCGAAAAGAAAUGCCUUUCACAAUGGCCUUCAUUUACGAAGCUUUGCGACACUCUUCAUUAGUCCCACUCAAUUCACCAAGAAGAGCAACUGAAGAUACCAAACUUGGAGGCUAUUCAAUACCUAAAGACAGUCUUGUGAUAUUCAACUUCUGGUCAGUUCAUCGUGAUCCAAAUUUAUGGGAUAAUCCUGAGCUAUUUAAUCCCGAACGAUUUCUUAAUGAGGAUAAAUCUAAAGCCAUUAAACCACCUUAUUUGGUUGCAUUCAGUGGCGGAAAAAGAGUUUGUCCUGGAGAAAGUUUUGCUUAUCUUCAAUUAUUCUUGUAUCUUGUUUCCUUUGUACAACAAUUUGAGAUCUCAGCUGAAUUGGUCGAAGAUAUUUCCUUAGAAAAAGUUCAUAAACACGCUUUACGAAAAAAAGAUGUACCCAACUUGAUGUUCAAAAGUGUUGAUUAAAUCGUUUACCAAUUCGCUACUUUUCAAGUUGAUAUUGAAUUCAAUUCCUGUAUAAAUCUUAUUAUAUGAUUGUAUGUUUCAUAAUAUUGAUGUUAUCCGUUCGUAUUCAUUGAAAUCUUUCAACUAAAUUAGAAUGAAUUUCCCUCAAA